AACACCAACACCACGAUCCGUCUCUCAUCCCAGCAACUGCAAACAGAACCAGAACAGCACAAUGGCUGCAACGCCACCUUCCUCCUUCCAUGGAGCUGCAAUUACAGCCAUGUGCCUCCUACUCUUCUUCCUAGUGCCAACCGUCACCGUUUCGCCUGUCUCCGGUGCAGAGACGUUCAACGGCAGCUGCAUCGCGGCCGAGAGGGGCACGCUCCUCUCCUUCAAAGCCGGCGUCACGAGUGACCCCAGCAGACUGCUGAAAUCGUGGCGAGGUGAAGACUGCUGCAAGUGGUACGGCGCGAGCUGCAGCUCCAGGACAGGCCACGUUGUGAAGCUCGACCUCCGCAACGAUUUCUUCGUAGAGGACUUUGACGGUCUCCAUGAUGACCAAGCCGUUCAUUGGCUGCGUGGGCAGAUAAGUUCAUCGCUUCUUUCCCUAUGCCAUCUUAAGCAUCUAGAUCUUAGUGGAAAUAUUCUUGGAGGCAAUAUGUCUAUACCGGAAUUCAUCGGUUCUCUGAAGAGCUUGACUUAUCUCGACCUCUCGAACAUGAAUUUCAGUGGUCGAGUACCUCCUCAGCUAGGCAACCUCACCAAACUAGCAUACCUCGACAUUAACAAUGAUAUCUUGGAUGCAUAUGCAUUUUCAUCGGAUGUUUCAUGGUUAGCAAGCCUUCACUCACUGGAGUAUCUUGACAUGAGCUACGUGAAUCUUAGUGUGGCGGUUGGCUGGGUUCAUGCGGUAAACAAGCUUCCAAAUUUGAGAGGACUUUAUCUCAUCAAUUGUGGACUUAAUAGUUCCAUCCCGUCACUUGGACACCAUAACCUUACGGUUCUGGAGGAACUUCGCCUCUCUCAUAACCCUUUUAACAGCCCCACUGCACCAAAUUGGUACUGGGAUGUAACUAGCCUCAAGGUUCUAGACAUAGAGAAGUGUGAAUUGUCAGGGCCCUUUCCGGAUGAGUUGGGAAAUCUGACCAUGUUUGAGGCCCUUGAUAUGGGAUGGAAUAGCAUCGAGGGGAUGAUACCAGCAACAUUGAAAAACCUGUGCAGGUUACAGGCGGUAUACCUCGCCGAAAACAACAUUGGUGGUGAUGUAACAGAUCUAAUAGAGAGGUUACCGAACUGUUCUUGGAAUAGCUUGCAAGAGUUAAUUUUGUUUGAGACCAACAUUACUGGCACAUUAAAAUCGGUACCCAACCUCACUGCCUUAAGCACACUUUUCCUUAUGAAAAACCACUUGAGCGGUUCUGUGCCUGUGGAGAUAGGAACACUAAAUUAUUUGGCUGAACUGCAUAUUGGCAAUAACAACUUCAGUGGUGUGAUAUCAGAAACUCACUUCUCUGGUUUGGCUAAUUUGAAGUCCAUUGACUUUUCUCAAACUUAUCUUGAAGUUAAGGUGGACUCGGAUUGGGAACCUCCAUUCAACUUGGACAGGGCAUUUCUUUCAUCUUGUCAUUUGGGUCCCCAGAUUCCUAAUUGGCUUCAAUGGCAAAAGAGCAUCUCAUACCUUGUGAUGUCGGAUGCAGGUCUCAUUGGUAAGAUCCCAGAUUGGUUUUGGACUACAUUUUCAAAUGCCUGGCUUCUGGACCUCUCUUAUAACCAAAUUAGCGGUGAGUUACCACUUAGUUUGGAGUUCAUGUCAGUAGAAGAGCUUUUUCUCCAGUCAAAUCAUUUAAUUGGUUCAAUACCACAGUUACCAAGAAGCAUUAAGUUAUUAGACAUCUCCGAAAAUUCUUUAAGUGGACAUCUGCCAUCAAAUUUAGGAGCUCCAUAUUUACAUGUUGUGGUUCUCUUUUCCAAUUGUAUAACCGGGAUCAUUCCAUACUCAAUUUGUCAAUCACCUCACCUACGGAUUUUAGAUCUUUCAAACAACCUGCUAACAGGGGGACUACCUGGUUGUGGCAAAGAAGAGCUGAAACAAAAUAACCCAUCAAGCAGCAACUCGUCAAGGAUCAACUCAGCAAAUUCUUCUAGUUUGGGAAUUCGUGCUCUCCUUCUAAGAAACAACAGCCUUUCAGGUGGAUUUCCUUUACUCUUGAAACAGUUCCAGAAUCUUGUAUUCCUCGAUCUAUCUCAAAACAGGUUCAGCAGGAAGUUACCUACAUGGAUAAGUGAGAGCAUGCAAAGAUUGUUAAUGUUACAGUUAAGAUCUAACAACUUAUCUGGUCAUAUUCCGAUCGAAAUAACAUGCAUUUUUUCUCUUCGUAUCCUUGAUCUAGCAAAUAACUCUUUUUCUGGGGUUAUGCCACGAUCUCUUGAGAACUUGAAAGCUCUAACUACCACUGUUGUGGCAUUAGAUACAAUAGAUAAUCCUUUCCAAGAACUUUAUGAGUAUACAUCCACUGCAUCUGGUCAGUCUAAUAAUGAUAGCUUAUCAUUGGUAAUUAAAGGGCAAGUUCUUGAGUACGGAAAGAAUGCCAUAUAUUUGAAGAGCAUUGAUCUAUCUUGCAACAGGUUAGCCGGACAAAUCCCGGAAGAAUUAGGUUCACUUCUUGGGCUCAUAAAUCUGAAUUUGUCAUCGAACUUCUUGAGUGGAAAUAUCCCGUAUAAGAUUGGCAAUCUGCAAUUAUUGGAGUCUCUUGACUUGUCCAACAACCUACUUUUUGGUGAAAUUCCUCAGGGAUUAUCAGAUUUGACUUCACUGAGCUGUCUGAAUUUAUCCUAUAAUAACCUAUCAGGCAGAAUACCGUCAGGACACCAACUUGACACUCUCAAGACAGACGAUCCUACUUCAAUGUACAUUGGCAAUCCUGGUCUUUGUGGGCAUCCACUUCCAAAGGCAUGUCCUGGAGAUAAUCCAGCACAAGAAGAUCCUGCCAGGUGGCAUGAAGAUGACAGCACUCAAAUGGAUUUUCAUCUUGGUUUAACCGUGGGAUUCUUGGCGGGACUUUGGAUAAUAUUUUGUGGCCUUUUCUUCAAGAAGACUUGGAGAUACGCCUAUUUCAGCCUAUGCGACAAAUUAUACGAUAAGGUGCACGUCUUCUUUGUAGUCACCUGGAAACAAUGGUUCAGAAAACCGGGUACAAACUGAUCAAGCAAUACAAAGGCACAUCUAUGGCAUGCCGAUUGGACCGGUAUCUUUGAUUGUGGAGCUUUGGGUUUUCUAUAAUGGAUCGUUCACAUCACCACGGCUAUGUUAGAAGCUCUCAAGUUAUAAAACUAUAAUAAAUGUGUGGUAUAUUGUUGCACUGUAAGUCUUUAAUGUAAGAGGCCAGUAAUUAAUUGUAAAACAGCCUCCACAAUUUGCUGUGUGAUUUGCUUGUAAUUUGGAAUUUCCAUAAUUUGUUGAAACUAAUGCACUCUGUUAUCCGAUA